GACGCUGUGGCAAGCCCAACUCACUACACUUUCCCCAUUCCCCAGCGAUGGCGUCGUCGCGGCCGGAGACGGCGGUCGGAGCGCCGUGGAGCAGACUUGAGGGGCAGGUGGUUCUGGUGACGGGCGCCUCCUCCGGCCUCGGCCGCGAGUUCUGCCUCGACCUGGCGCGCGCCGGCUGCCGGGUCGUCGCCGCCGCGCGCCGCGCCGACCGCCUCCGCUCGCUCUGCGACGAGAUCAACGCGGCGGCGGACGCCCACGGGACCCGUGCGGUGGCCGUCGAGAUCGACGUCGCCGCCGGAGGGUCGGCGGCCGAGGCGGCGGUGCAGAGGGCCUGGGACGCCUUCGGCCGCAUCGACGUCUUGAUCAACAACGCUGGUAUCCGAGGAGGUGUCUAUUCCGCACUUGAUUGGCCUGAGGACGAAUGGGAUAAACUCAUGAAGACGAACCUUACCGGAUUAUGGCUCGUCGCCAAGCACAUAUGUAGACGCAUGCAUGAAUCCAAGAUAAAGGGUUCGGUAAUUAACAUUUCCUCGGUUGCUGGUCUUAACCGUGGCCAUCUGCCUGGCUCCAUUGGAUAUACAUCUUCCAAGUCCGCUGUGCAUUAUGCCACAAAGCUAUUGGCUUUGGAGUUAGGAGCAUAUGGCAUUAGAGUGAACUCAAUCGCACCUGGAAUCUUCCAGUCGGAGAUAACCGCCCCUCUGUUGCAAAAGAAAUGGCUGAAGACUGUUGUUUCAAAGAUCGUGCCACUUAAGACACAUGGCACUACUGAUCCAGCAUUGACAUCGCUGGUUCGUUUUCUGAUCCAUGAAACAUCAUCAUAUGUAACUGGCAACAUCUUCAUUGUAGAUUCAGGUGUCACCCUACCUGGUGUUCCAAUAUUCUCCUCUUUGUAAUCUUCAUUAUAUUACUAGGGCUAAGGUGUAUAUGAUUGCAACGAACAAUUGAAAUUCAAUGAGGAUGUGAUCGUCCUGUACAAUUUGCUUCUAAUAAUCGUGACCAGUUAUUUCUUUUCCGUUA